AUGGUCAACCGCGUGGUUCGAUGUAACUUUGGCUUCGCCCCCGCGUCGUCGCGAGCAAGGGAAAGCCUUGGGCUUGCUCGGAUAGUGCAGAAUGUGCUUGACGGUCCAGAGUUGCUUCGGAAACCAGAGCAUUCUUCAGAGCAGACCGAAUUCAGGCCGGCAGCGACUAAGCAAGUCCCCGGUGGAGUGGUGCAGUCCUGGUUGCGCGAGAGAGCCGGACGGAGCAAUGGCAAGGGCUCGAUUGCGCACUGCGUAGUGUCACGCCGUCAAUUGGGUCUGGAGUCGAUGUUUCCCCUCCCUCCCUUCAAAGAUCCGGGGGUCGUGAGUCGGCCGUUUCCGCAGUCAGACUAUGAUCGAAUACUCGCCGCAACGCAUAGGGUCGAUCGCUUGAGAUCUGCACUUGUUGUUAUCGUCAAGCGAUGGUUCAAGGAAAACAUCAGUAUUGCCCACCGCAAAGUUGACGCUCGCCGGGGUAACUUACCACGACGCUUUUACCAGAGUCGGUGUCAUUGA